UGGGCGUGGCAGUGUACUUAGCUAAAACACUUUCCAGAGCUCGAGCCUUAGGCUAGGCCCUAACACUAGCACUGCAGAGUACGAGUGAACAUGAGUGGAUUCUUGGAAGACUUGACCCCUCAGCAAGCUGAGGAGUUAGGGAAGUUCAGAUCAGCAGUGGCAGACAUUCCCAACAAACCAGAGGACAAUGAUCGCUACUAUCUGAAAUGGCUCAGAGCACGAAAAUUCGAUGUGGAAAAAGCAAUAAAAAUGCUUCGAAAUCAUAUGGCGUAUCGUGAAGAGGUGGGCGUGGACGCACUGCUACAGUGGAGCAUGCCUCAGGUGUUGACCAAGUACUACCCCAAAGGUCACUUUGGAGAGGACAGGAUGGGACACCCGGUCUGGUAUUGCAACCUUGGAAACUUUGAUUACAGAGGUAUUCUCAAGUCUGUUACACAUGAAGAUUUGUUGAAAUUCACGUACUAUAUGUUGGAAAAGAUUGUGAAACUUAUCAAGGAGUACUCUGAGAAGAAUGGACCCCACAUUGAGUCAGUCACCACCAUUCUAGACGCGGAAAAGCUCAGCUUUCAGAGGCACUACUCCUGGCCUGGCAUUCAACUCUCAAGACAGUCGAUGGGUAUACUGGAGUCAAACUAUCCUGAGAUUCUUCAUCGAUUGGUGAUUAUCAAAGCUCCGAAAGUAUACCCUCUCUUCUACAACCUCCUCAAGCCGUUCAUUGACAAGAGAACCAGAGACAAGUUUGUUAUACUCUCUGACAACUGGCAGGAAGAGCUCCAGAAAUACAUCAGUCCUGAUCAGCUUCCUCAAGCCUAUGGUGGGACCAGAUGUGAGCCUGAUCCAUGGUGCUCUGAUUAUAUUAAUCACGCAGGGGACGUACCUCCCGAGUACUUUCUGACCAAUCAGACAGAGACUGAUAGAGAGGAGAUGGACAGGGUGGUAGUGGGGAGGGGGGGAUGCUGUGAGCUAGAGUAUCAGGUCGAGUUAGAGGGAUCACUCAUUCGCUGGGAGUUUAUCAGCACUGGCUACAACAUCAGCUAUGGCCUGUUCUACAGAGAUGACUCUUCAAAGAAGAAACUUAAACUGGAACCAGUGAUCCCUAUGAGAAAGGCAGACAGUCACGUAGUGCCUGAGGUCGGGACCUACACCUGUACUGCAGCUGGGAAAUAUGUGGUGAAGUUUGACAACUCAUACAGUUGGACUCGCUCUAAAGAGGUGUACUUUUCUAUUCAAGUGCUCCCUCCCAACACGGAGCCCCGCCUUCCUAACCUAGCAACGGGGGACGAGGCUGCCGCUGUCACCAUAGAUACAGAUAAUAAUAGUGACGACGAGUUUCAUGAUUGUGAAAACACUUGAAACUAUAAUUUACUAGCUGUUAGUGUUUAUCAUAAUUGUUGUGUUUGUUAUAGAUUACAAGGAGCUUAUCACUUCUGAAGGUUUUUUUGACAUUGUGUAUGUACGUACAGAUGUACAACAUUAUUUUAUUAUUGAUUUUUAACAUCAG